AUGCGGAGAGGACCUGGUGGUGUUGGUGCAAUAAAUAGGCAGCGUCUUGCUAAAGUAAGCACAGAUUUUUUAACAAUUUUACACACAUGUUUUUCAUGUAAGCGCCUUGAGUAAAUCUCUAUAUCUCCCCACGGCUCUCUCUAGUGUCUGUUUUGUAGCUUUUACGGAAUCCUUCACUUAUAUAUUGUCUACCUGAGCAACUGUAACUGCAUUUGGACCGUAACCAAACCGAGCCAUCCUAUUUUUAAAUAACAUUAUCAUAUGUAAGCUUACGUACCAGUACUGUACUUCCUCAAAGAAAAUUGUUCCCAGAGCUUGGGCAAGGGGGUUGGGGGAUGGAUGUAAAAUGACCGGGUGGCCUACAUUUUCAGAGAGGGGGACAUUUGGGGGUACCCAAUACUGCAAUACUGUAAGAAAAAUUGGAAAAUUUUCAAGUACCCUGUCGAAACUCGACAAAAUACCGAUACUGCAUUUAUAAUCAGUCAUGCUUGCAUCCAUCCAGUGUAAUGACCUUGCCAACACCUUGAGUAACCUCAGCCAUUAUGAGAAAACAUGCGAAGAUCAAAAAGCUCAGUCAUUACAGUGUUCUCCCUAAAUUUUAGCUCAGCAGGUAAGGAACCAUUCAGGGACGGUAAGGCAAAAAAUAUAAACUUUUCUAAGAGGGGGGCGGGAGGGGGGAAGGUGGAGUGAGGGACAUGGACCCGCCUUAACUGGGAAAUUUUUUAUUCCCAUAUUUUAAGACCUAUUUUACGCAAAUCUGCUGUCGUUAUCUUUAGAAAACAAAUUAAAACGUUUGAUUCCAAUAAUUUUACUAUGUCUCCAAAAUACAUGUUCCUAAAAAGGAAAGCUGCAUAUACAGUACUAGUACAAAACCAAAAUAAUGCACGCGCAAAAAGUGGCGUAAGAAGUUGCUGCGCCGCAAGAACAUGCAAGCCACCGCAAGAAGUGAAAGUGCCGUAUUUUCGAGGACCCUUUAUGGUUUACCCGCAAGAACUGUGAAACGAAAGAAGUCAAAAAUCUUCACCGCAAGAAGCUAGAAAAUUACCGCAAGCCUCAAGAAGGCGCAUGAAGUUCUUUAUAAGUGUUAACCUGAAAGAAGUUUGUAGUGUUUGUUGCCUUUCUGUGACAACACCGUUUUGUAGCGUUGAUACUAAUUCACUCUGUGGCAGCAAAAGGUAAUCAUGAAAGUACACACGUAAAAAGUUGCCUGGGGAAGCGAACAGCUUUCUCUGCUUUUUGUGCAAAGUGAACACGUCAAUCGUUUAGCUUUUCCAAAGUUAGAUAAAGAGUGUGAGGCGUUUGUUUAACAAAACGAUCUGUAGUUUCGAACAUUUCGAUUAUUUGGAUCAUUUCAUAGUACAAUACCAUAGUCUCGGCAAAACAAACUAAAGGCGUUGAAUUUCUGCCCACAAGAAAACAUGGGAAUUAUUAUUACUUUAUUGCGCGAAGUUGAAAGAGCCUUUAGUGAAAAUAUUCCUUACUUUACUUUAGUAUGUUUUUUUUUCCGAGAGCGCUUUAAGUUGACACAGUUGCACGUGUGGUCUCAAAUUACACGGCUCUUUUGCGAAACAUACUACGAUGGUUCCUUAUUUUUUGAAGCGCUGCUUUUUUUUAAAAUCAAAAUUGUACACAUUUCCUCGCUUAAAAGGUUACCUUUGCACAAGAUAAUUUUAAGAAAUUCUUGUGGUUAAAUUUAUAACCGCAAAAGAAGUUCUUGCGUCUUGCUGGAUUCAAGCGCAAGCGCCCUGCAAAAAGCCGCACGAAGUUGCCAGCUUGCGGACGCAAAAAGAAGUUCCUGAACAUGCAUUAUUUUUGGGCUGUACGUUUUGUACCUAGGUAGCUAUACUUUUCCGCAUAUUUAUUCAUUUUCUUGUGAGGAUCGGAUCGGAUCACAACUCGCAUAUUUUUUUUUUAAAAAAAAAUUAUUUAAUUUUGGUAAACCUUUAAGCAGUUGCAGGCGGUAAGAAGUGUUGCUUCAGGCGGUAAAUUUUACUGGUUACCGCCUGAUAAGGAGAACACUGUCAUUAGAUGCAACAACAACCACAAAAUUUGUAGACUAACUGCCAGAAAAAAAAAACACUUUAUUUGAGAGUACUGUACUGCUGGUCCAGCCCCGGGAAUCAAGCCCACGACCUCCCACUCUUCAGUCAAGUGCUCUACCAACUGAGCUAAACCCACCAAAAUUGUGUAAUCAUCUUAACAAUGCCUAUUGUGUUUUGUGUUGCAUGUUGUAUUGACCUCUAUUAGACAGGAGAGCGCAAAUGAAUGGUACGGCAAUACCAUGAAAGAUCUUCUUUUCUCAAAUACUCUCAACCAAAAUGAUGAAAACCGUACACCACAAGGCUGCAAUACCACAUAUUAAAAUUUAAAUAAUAACUAAAAUACCACUUGAAAAAAAAACAUCAGUCCACAAAUUAUACUGUAAACCCCACUGUUAUAUUCCUAGACUUUCUCUUAACCAAACAGGGACAGCCAUUGGUUGAUUGUUGGUCACAUGGCCUAAACUAACUGUUUCCCUGGGGAUCUGACAUUAAGUGUUUAUUGUCCCCCUCCUGAAAGAGUACAGCCAGUCCUCAAAGAGUCCAGUCCAGGUAUCCAUCACAAAAAAGAGCAAUUUUUGCCAAAGUAAAAGUAUAUUCCCUUUGAGUACUUCUUUAUCUUUUCUAUCUUCCCCCUCAGGAAAAGUAUGCCUCAAAGGGAACAGAAAUAGCAGACAUCCAGCUGUCACAGGUAAUUUCAGGGUACUCAUAAGGCCAUAGACUCCACAUGCAAAAGUUAUUUAACCAUUGUUAAAUUUCUUGAUAAAUUGCAUGAAUGUAGUUUUAAGGCACAAAAUGUAAGCCUGUUUGACUUAGCUCAACUAGAUACACCGUGCUGUCAAGACAAGUAUCUUGCAGCUUUGAUGUAUUACUGCAUGCUAACCUGCGAGCAGGAUCACUUGAUGUGCGAAUUCAAGGAAAAUUUUGGUGGUAGGGCCAUCAUCCAGCGAGGAAAAGUGAGCCUGCACGUGGGCUGUUGAUAUUUAAGUUUCGUCCCUUUUGAGGUGUCAAGAUACUAUCCAAUAGACCUUUUUACCGAUAUGGCGGCCAUAUUGAAUUAAUUCGAUUUAAGGAGUAUUAUAGGAUGCCCAGGGGGCAUGAGCACAUUUCAUUUGUAUUUUCAAGAGCUUUUUGGGACAUUUUUUGUUAAAGUUUUCUUAUAAUAAGAUUGUAAUGCAAUAAUGAUCGCCUUUUUCCCAAGAAAUAUAUAGUGAAAGACCAUAUUUCUAAUACUAAACUAGAAAAAGGCAAUCAUUAUUACAUGAAAACAUGGCACAAGGAUCUUUUUUCCCAUUACAAUCUUAUUCUAAGAAAACCUUCAAGAAAAAAUGUCCCGAAAAGUGCUCAAAAAUACAAACGAAAUGUGCUCAUGCUCCCUGGACAUCCUAUAAUACUCCUUAAAUCAAAUUAAUUCAAUAUGGCCGCUAUAUCGGUAAAAAAGUCUAUAGGAGCAAAGCAAAUGUAAAUAAGAAUGAGGGAGGUUGCCUGAGGAAAUGUGAUGCUAAACUGCAUCAGAGGUCAAAUCCUGUCAGAAACAAAAACCAAAGAAAUAAAGAUGCAUGAAAAAGAGGAGGCACCUUCUUCUUGACAAGCGGCAAAAAUAACAUUUGCUCAGUUGGUUAAAAUUAACAUGAGGUCAAGAUACAUGUAACUAGAGUUUGCAUGAAACAGACCACCUUCAUGGCCUCUCAGUGUGAGACAAGUAACAAAAAUAGGCUACUGAAUAGUUGAUUGAUCCAAAUUACUAAAAAAAUAUCCUUCAUAGCAUAAUAAGGUCCCCUCUAGAAAGAAAACUAUAAAUUUUCAUAUGGGGCAAAAGUUAAGGGCAGGCCAACCGACACUUUGUAUCGUUUUAAUUUUGAUGUGUGGAUGUUUAUAACCAGUGUCCUUGGUUUUUGUCAUAAUUAUGUAACCUUUCAAAGCCUGUCACUUUUAACUAAUUAGCUGGCUGCAUUCGUCACCAAACACUAAGCAUUAAAAAAUUAAUAACCUGCAUGCCCACUAACUUUUCCUUGCUGGAUGGUGGCUCUGCCACCAAAAUUUUCCGCAAAUUCACACAAGUGAGCCUGCUUGAAAGCUAACUGCAUGCAUUCUCCUCCUCUGGUUCUGUUAACUUUUCAGAUGGGUAAACAGCUGGAGUCCUUCAAGACAUCUCUGGAAGAUUUUGCUGGGAAAUACAAACAGGACAUAAGGAAGAAUCCAGAGUUCAGAGGGCACUUUCAGCAAAUGUGUGCUCGCAUUGGUGUUGACCCUCUUGCAUGUAAGUCAUGUUUUUUGUAGGCUAUAGUUUACACCAUACUAGUUUGGUGCAAGCCCAGAAAUAGAUCCAUUAUGGUAAGAAUAGCUACGACCAUCUCAGCUUUGGGGACCUUUUGUUCCACAUAGAUCCAAAUUCACCAACUUCCACCUAACAGUCAUUCAAGCCUUUGUUUCAAAGCAAAGCACACAGCCAUCUCAUGCAAAUGAAACUUAUAUUGAAAGUGAGAAUUUUUAGAUCUCUGAACUCUCCUGCUCAUGAUUUUUACUAACAUGCACCGUAAAAAUUCCCGUUCUUCAGUCAGUGAAGCUUUAUUUCUGAUACAAUUAAGUUUUGUUAAUAUAUUAUAGCAAGCAAAGGUUUUUGGGCAGAGCUGCUUGGUGUGGGAGAUUUUUACUAUGAGGUAAGUUUAGCAGAAGCAGGUCACAACAGUUUUACAAUAACAAGCUGUUUGUUGAUCACUAAGAGACAUGAUAAGAUUUUGAUUUUACUAACAGAAAUAAAAAACAAUAGACUUUACAGUCUUCACUUAAUUUCAGUUUCAUGAUUCAUUUUUCUAUCUUCUAUCUUUUAUUAAAAAAAUAAAUUAUCUCAUAACUAAGCAAAAUCAAACCCGAGGAAAGCUGUGGGGAGCAGAUCAGAUGAGAGAGAUACUAAUGUUGCUUGGGCGUGGUUAUUUAUUUUAUUACAUUGCAUUGGGCUGUCAGUAUUUGACACUGCUACUAAUAACUAUAAUUAUGUCAAUGAUAUAACCUAAAGCUGCAUUGAAUUUUCCAUGUUUUCUGUACUUUGCGUAGUUGGGCGUUCAGAUUGUUGAAAUCUGCAUUGCAACAAGACCAAGGAAUGGAGGUUUGUUUUGAAACUAAUGAACAACAACAACAACAAUCUCUUUAUUCACACUAUUCAGAUACAAAGGCCGAGAAGAAAAAAAUGAGAAUACAAGAAACUAUAAAAAAUGAAAUGAUGGAAAUUAUAUAACUAUAUGUACAAUUUGAAUCAGUGUGCAACAGCCAAAGUAGCAAAGCUUCAAGUUACUCUCUAGCUACUUUCAAGUUAAGCUUUAAAUGAACAAUUUAUUAACAAAAAAAUCCUUAAAUUUGUUAUUUACUCUGCAAGAAGGUGCUUUCAUAGCUAAAAACAAUAAUCACUUAAUGACUGGGCUCAAUAGAGAUGGUUAGAAAAGAGUGUUUUGUUCCCCUUUAACCCCCAAUGUUCCCUUGGCAUGAGAAGCAAUUAGACAAUCUCAGGGUUUUCACUUAGAAUUCUAGUAGCAGGAGAAAGGUGUAACAUUACAGGAGAAUAUUUUGAAAGAGGCUCCACGUCUGAAUAAAAAGUAGUGGUAGGCUACCGAACAUUUGCUGGAGAAUUCUGCAUAGUUAAUGGAGAAUUCUCAGAUCUCAGAUCCCUAUAAUGAACACCCUGCAAGCUCAUCUUCAAGUCAAUUUUUGGAGAGUUCCAUAAAGACCUCUGUUGUUAAGCAUCAUAAUUUUUUUUCUAUACAGGUUUGAUGGCUUUAGGUGAUUUGCACAAAAAAAUUCUCAAGACGAGCAAGUCAAGACAAGAUGUGACUGAGUAGGUAGCUAAUGCAGGAAAUACGUGUCAGUAUUAAUGAAUGCUGCCAGCUAAGGCAAAGGUUCUAUUCACGUCAACAUGGUAUUAUGCCUAUUCAAAACCUCAUCAACAAUUCAUAAAGAAAAAGCAAUGAGUGUCUUCAUAUCUGAUAAAGACACAGCUAAACUUAACAAUGUAUGUCCAAUGGGCCACUUCCGAGUUCCGAAAUUCCUCACUUUCAAAAUGAGUCCAAGUGUACAACCUUUCUUGUGAAAAUGAAUUUUAUUUACAUGAGAAUGAAAAAUGAUUUCCAUAUCAAUGGCUGAGCACUUCACCUCGUUUUGAUACAGAGGCCCUGAGGAACUCAGAAAUGGCCUAUUUUUUAGACAAAAGUAACCCUUAAUCUAAAUAUUAGUGCAAGAGUGAGUUGAUCAUUAUUAGUGGAAGAGUGAAUUCCCAAGGCAGUAGAGUUGGAAAGAAUACCCACACACAAAAAGUGCAAAUGCAAAGAAUUUUGCUUUCAAAUGAGGCUUGGUGGUGAAAUUUACUCAUGUGACAUAAUCACAUAUUAAGGGCCAUUUCUUGUCUUUGCAUAAUGUUAUAGGGAUGACUUGGCUCGAGCAAUAAAAAAGCUUCAUAUCUUGGGCAGUGGUUUCCAGAUCAUUCCAGUUGGGAAGAAGCGUCUUGUUCAGUCAGUACCAGGAGAACUUAGCAUGGAUCAUGCUGCUGUUCUUCAGCAGGCCCAGGUACUUGUUGUUGUUGUUGUUGUUGUUACAAAAAAAGGCAAUAAGGUUAAGAAGCAAAACAACAACUUUGUAUGUGCUGUGCCCUUUUUAAAUGUACAUUUCUUUGUGGUCAGUGCACGGCUAAGAGGGGAAAUGCCAAACUUCAUGAUUUAUGGAGGACUUAAACAAGCCAUGAUGAAAUAUUGUCGUUUUUUUUUUUUUCCAACUUGGAUGUGGCUCUUCGGAAUUCAACUCCAAGAAAGUUUGCCAGCACUAGUAAGUAAGUUGGAAUAAUCGCGAUGAAAAUUGAAAGAAUGUGAAUUCACUUUUUAAGCAAUGUUUUCGCUGCCGUCGCUGUUCUCGUAUCUUGAGGUCCAAAUCGUUGGAAUAGUUUAUGGAUUUCUGCUCUGUGUGUUGCGUGAUUAGAAUCUGAAUAAUCAAGAUCUUGACCUUGAUUUCUCACAAUAUCUCAAAAACCUCAUUCAAUAGAUAUUAUUGGUUCAGGUAACAUGUACAGGGUUGUGUUUUAAUGAGGUGACGACUAGUCAGUCCCUAUGCACUCAAUACAGUUUUCUUCUCUUUUUUUUUCACAGGGGAAUGGGUAUACAUCAAUUUCUGUCAUUGCAAAAGAUUUAGGAUGGGAACGGGAUCGUGCCAUACGAGCCUUGGUAAGUUGUUAUGUAUCCUAAUAAGAGAUCAAUGUCAGUGCAUCACUGUCAAUUGGACUACAGAUACGAGAUUGAGUACAAGUACAAGUUUUCAAACUAAAUUCAAGUGCCUCAUAUAAUUUCUUUUUAAAACACCAACCUUAUCCCUUGCUUUUGUUUACGAUAUGUACCAUACUAGUAACCAACAGGAAAAAAUGUAUGGCUCAUAUAAUGUACUCGUAAUAAGCCAAGGUUAUUCUCAUAGUCAAAUCAUAGAUUGCUAUAAUUUAACAAUAAAAUUGGAAUUCUGAAGUGCACUGUAAUACACUCAAAGAUAAAUAAAGCAGAGAACCGAAAAAAAACAAGUGGCUACCAAAAUUGAGAUUCGCGAUUCAAUUUGAUGCUUUAUUUAUUACAGGAUCACAUGGUCCAUGAGGAAAUGGCUUGGGUAGACGAUCAAGCACCCAAUGAAAGAUUGUACUGGUUCCCAGGCCUCUUUCCAGAAACCUAGAAGGGCCUGGAGUAGAUUAGGCGUCUUCUCUACGGACAAACAGGGUUGUAAAUGGAAAUCAAGCCACGGAAGAAGAAAGAAUUAAUCAAGUGGGUGAGAAAUUUCAAUUAAGUUUUUUAAAGAAAGAAGACUUAACUGAAAGUUUUCACCAAUUUUUUGCUUGUCGCAUAGCAAGGAUGUUUGAAAAGAGAGAAACUUGUCACUAUAACAAUGAAAGAAACAAGAGUGUUACUGUGAGAGAGGAGGGAAUUCUUCUGUAGCAAGAGGGAUUGUUGUAUCCAAUAGGAUCUAGGUACCAAGCAGCUGGUUGAAACAGACCAGGGGUAGCCAAGCUUUUUUAAAAUAAUUGACACCCCAGUUCUACCAUUUGUUACUUUAAAAUGACUACGCGAUUUCCCGUCAAGAAAAACGCGGGUUGCCCAAAAGCAUCGCGCGUUUUCCCGCCAAGAAAAUAUAACAUACUCCUACCCCGAUGGGCUGACACCUGAUUCCUCUCCUCCCCCCAAAGAGUGUACGCUGGCGUCACAACCAAAAUUUCUCUGAUGGAUAGUUUACCAAAUUUUCUUAACUAUGGACAAAAACUUGAGACUGACUAGAAAUGGUACACUCGGUACACGUAUACACUGUGGCAAUGAGGAACCUGGCGUUAAGGUCGUAAAACAAUGAAAAGUAUUUGAUUGCAAGAGAAGUGUCCUAAAACAUCAGUAAUGAUUGUGCCGUUGUUUUCAAAGUAAAUCCAUUUUAUUUUCCCUCUAAAUAUCUCACUAUGUUUAUUUCCACAUGGUGCAUGCAUUGUAAUCAAAGCUUGAUUAAAUAUGUAAAACGUUCUUCGUAUAAGUAAAAUAAGUUACAGUUUUGUAAGCGAGUAGUUUCUCAUUACCCAUGAAAGCCACUGAAGUCAGCCAGACAAGAAAGUCUUCCGCUGCUUUCUUUCGUUUGAUUGUGGCUUCUCUAGUACAGAGUUUUUCAUUUUUAUUAGUGCUUUGUACAUGGGUUAGUGCAUUUGAAUACCUAUAAAUAACAGGGUUUUUUAACGUCAACAUUAAAUUGUUUUUUUUAAUAUAUGAAAACCCUAUGAAGGAAC